AUGAUGAUAUUCCGAUUCCUAUUUAUAUUCAUUCAAUUCUCCCCAAUUUGCACAGUUUUCGUAUCAGAAAUAUUAAAAUUAAAAGCAAUUGUGAACCCAACAAUGAAAGAUAACACAACUACAAAUAAAUAUUAUGAAGCUGUAUUCAAAUCGUAUGAAGGAAAUCCGAAUGCAACUUAUAAACGAUGUUUUGAUAAUGAAGAAUGUGAUGAUAAUAAUUAUUGUUUGAAAGGGACAAUAUUAUCCAUGAAUGGCAAAACAAUUGAGAGCAAAAUAUCGUAUUGUUUUGAUGUUCCGCAUGAAUAUUAUUUAUAUCGAGAUUCGAAGCCGACGAAAUGUAAUAAUGAUGAAAAUUGUGAGGGUGGUUAUUGUAAGAGUUUUGCACAAGGUUCGAAUUUGAAAUUAUGCGCUUCAAUUCGUAAGUUUUCUUUGAUUUUAUUGGACAGGGAGCUUCUUAAACCUUCUGAACUUUAUUUCUGAUUGAUAGAAUGUUUGCAGCAGUGUGCCCGAACAAUUUGGCAAGUCUGAACAAACAAGAAUGUUCAAGUAACUAUGAAUGUCCUGCCAAUUCAAAAUGUAUGAAAUCAAUGUUCGAUGAUCGAAAAACUUGUUGUCCCCAAGAAUCACUGAUCAAUAAAUGCAAAUAUGGUAUUCCUGUAUUUCCAAUCAAAAAUUGUCCGUGUCAAUUUGCAAAUCAGAAUAACAAGAUAAAUCAAGUAACAGAAUGGUGUGAUGAAGAAUCGAAUAUAUGUUGUGAAGUUAAUCAACUUCAAAGAUAUCUUCGAUUUUAUUGUUUGGAUGCUAAAACACCGCUUUAUUCACAACCUGAUUGUAAUGGAACAUUUUGUGAGGAAAAUGAUGGGAUUUGUAUUCAAGGAAGAUGUUGUCCAAAAUGUAAGUUUUAUAUGGGGAACUUUUUUAAAGAAAAUUUUUUUCUUUCUUUGAUUUCAAAUUUUCCAGUACUGUACAAUGAAAUCGAUCAUGUUUACAAAGGUCUUCCCUCAAAACCAUACAAAACAGGAGUUGAUUGCAUUUUUGAGAAUGACACAAAUCCCAACUGGCCAUAUACAUUUUGUGAAGAAAAAACCAAGAAAAUCUGGAUUAUCGGGAAAAAGACGACAUUUGGAGAAUCAAUCAAAAUGGUUGCUCAAAAAUGUGCAAAAGCAACAGACUGUGACAAAUUGAAUAAUCGAAAAAAUCAAUAUUGUGUUUUGGAUUCAACUGGGAAGUCAUACUGUAUCGAUUCACCGGUGAGUUUAUACAUCGAAGUAAAUUUCAAAUGUUUUGUUCAAAUCGAGAGAAUUUUAGAUAGUUGCUCAUGUUAAAUCUGCUCAAUUUUCGCUUUGGCAUAUAAAUGAUUUGGUCACAGCAAUUCUGUUUUUGGGAAUAUUAUGCGCUUGUAGCAUAAUGGUCAUUGCUUCUGUUAGAUGGUGUAUUCAAAGGAAAAGAAGAAUGGAACAGUUUUAUUAG